AUGGACCAACAGUUCAGUUAUGUUGCCAUAAGAAAUGCCUUCUAUACCCAGGCUGCCAUUGGGAUUGCAGCAAACACCUUUCUGCUUUGCCUCCACACUGCUGCUGUCCUUGUGGGCCACAAGCCCAGGCUCACUGACCUCCCCGUCACCCACCUGGCUCUAACACACAUCCUCAUGCUCCUCACCAUGGGCCUUUUGGUAUCUGCAGACAUUUGGGAAACACAGGACAUUCUAGGUGACUUCAAAUGCAAAGUGCUUGUCUUCCUGAACAAGGUCAUGAGGGGAUUCUCCAUGUGCACCACCUGUGUCCUGAGUGUGCUUCAGGCCAUCACCAUUAGUCCCAGUGGCUCCUGGUUGGCCCACUUCAAACUGAAAUCCACAAAUCCCAUCCUAGCAUUAUUUCUUUUCUUGUGGGUCCUCACCAUGUCCACCUACAGCAACCUGCUUUUCUACACUGUGGCCACACCGAAUAAGACCCAGCCUGGGCUUCUAUUUGUCACUGAAUUCUGUUCCUAUCUGCCCAUGAGCCACAUCCACAGACCAUUCUUUCUCACCUUGAUGGCAUGUAGGGAUGUCUUCUUUGUGGGCCUCAUGGUUCUCUCCAGUGGGUACAUGGUCCUUCUCUUAUACAGACACACACAGCGGUCUCAGCAUCUUCGCAAUUCCAGGUUCCCUCCAAAAUCCUCUCCAGAACAAAGGGCCACUCAGAGCAUCCUGCUGCUGAUCUGCUGCUUUGCCAUCCUGUACUGCGCAGACUCCCUCAUUUCAAUGGCCAUAGGCUUGACAUGGACUAAUAAUGCCAUCCUGGUGUGUGUCCAGAUGCUUGUGGCCAAUGGCUAUGGCACAGUCAGUCCUUUGGUGCUGAUCACAGCUGACACUCAAAUAACAAAAAUUACUCAACUUACAUGUGGGAAGAAGAGUCGCCUUCUGACAAAACUUAUCUAG